UCUUACGAAAUAGGUCGACGGGCUCCCCUCCGCCGGCAAGCCUCCAUAGCCCCAUCGGUCGCUCCUCACCCGUCUUCGCUUCGCCCCCCACCCCGCGGGCCAACCAUCGCCAUGCGCAUCCUCACAGUGUGCCCCCUCUCCUCCACCACUGUUGGCCCCAGGUGGCGUAUGUGACGCGCCACUGCAGGGAGCGAGGGUGGGACGGGCUCUCGUGGGACGCUCCAGGGACUCUGGCCCUUCACCAAACUCUCCAUCCGCUGGAGGAGGACCGCCGCAAGAUUGAGGAGCUCAAGAACAAGGCCGCAGACUGGCAGCUCGACCUCCUCCAGUUUGGCUCCAACACCUCCGAGGUAAUUGUCAUCACGACCGGGCGCUUCGCUUUCCUCCACUCAUGUAGGUCUCGUUGCCAAAUCCUUUAAUCCUGUUGAUGCAUUGUAAUUGCCCACCAAACUACUAAUAAGGGAAAGAAAAACAAUCACUUGUCGCCACUGUCGUUCAGGAAUCAGGAUUCAUCUCUUCUCCCAUGUAAUUUAAACCGGAUAGUUAGCUCUACUUGUAGCAAAAUCAGCACAAUAUUUGUGUGCUAUUUAAUUUACCCCUGCACGAUUUAGUAUUGACUUUCGAUUUUUUGGGGAAGUUCACGGGGGAUCCCCACCUGAAUGUUUUGAUGUCAUGUAGUCUUAUUUAUGUUUUUUCUAAAUACAUUUUGUUUUCCUUAUUUUGCCAUGCAGCUUGAUAACCACCAUAAUCAGUUGGUUUAGGUAUAAUUUACAAUAAUCUUGACCUCUACAUGUUACUCUUUGUUAGAGAUGUAGAAAUUUCAGAAUUGCAAAUAGAUUUUAGUCACUUUUAGUAGUUUGAUGUGUAAUCAGUUGGUGUUGAAUGUACAUUCCAUACCAUAUCACCCAAGGGACAGGACUAUGUGGAGGGUGAAAACUUCCAAAGGAUCCACAUCAGAAUCGAAACAAAAGGAAAUUCUCGAGGUUGUCGUCACGGAAGUUCUUGGUUAUGGGAAGUUUUAUGUUAGACUGUGGGUGCGAUGGUCGAGUGAUUUUAAGGGAUGAUGCUUUACAGAUUGGUUCAAAAAAAGCAUAUCCUCUUUCAGGUUCUUCAGUCCAGUGGGGAUGACUGCAGGGGUUGUGCUAUUCGGAUUUGGCCUUUCCAAAAGGGUUUUCCCUAUGGCUGGGUUUUCCCUAUGGUACCGUCGGCUUGCAGGAGGGGUUCGCCAGCUUGCUGUUCGCCACCGCUGUCGUCUUCGCCUUCGUGGUUGGUUCCCCUCCCCGCUCCCCUCUCCCUUUCGACACCAAAAAAACAUGCUGACCAUCUUUGGCAGGCGGUGGAUCUGAUAGGCAGCCUUAUCAUCUUCAGAAAAUACAGUAUUAACCUUUAUAUUCACUUAUGGUUUCCAAAGAUCGUGAUUCUUCUGUCCUACAUAUUAGAUUGACAUCCACUUACUAAAAUCUAAAUUUUAUUAUCCUAAAGGUGUACUUCCAUAUUUUUUAUUUGAACCCAACAUGUGCACAAAGAAAACACUUAAUCUAAGGGGAAAAUAAUAGAAAAUGACUACACAUUUUCCUAUUUGAUAUGUUUUUUUCUUAAAGGGAAAAUACCAACCUGAAUACUUUUUUUACAGGGAUGUGGAGUGGAGUUAUUGCAGUCAUUGCACUUCGUUUUUUCUUAAAAAAUAUACAAACAUUUUUGUGAUGGACAAAUAUUUUGAGACACUGCUUCCUGAAGAUUUGAGUUUUGACAAAAUUGUACAGAGUAGAUUUUGUAGUUCAUUUCAAUCAAACUAUGAACUUGUGAAGCAUAAGCUAAAGUAAUUUUUCUAAGUAAAUCUGAAUGAAAUCUCUACAGUUCUAUGAAGUACUUAUUGUUUCACUUUGUUUUGCUAUUUUUGCACAUGGCUUCAGGUGAAAUAAUGUUUGUCUUUGGAGGAUAUGACUUAUGGACAUAGAUAGCCGUUUCACAUUUUUUUCUUGGAUCUGUUACUUAUUUAGUGCAUCUAGUCUGCUGUGGAUAAAUAUAGUGAAACAGAGGUAGGGAUAUUGUAGAUUAGGUUCCAGAACAUGCUGCUGUCUUGGUGUCGUGAUCUUCUGUUGCACCUUCCAAAUUGGCGCUUAAAUUUACAAAGCAGCCUUAUUUACAAAGCAACCUUCUGAGACGACGUGGCUGUACUUAUUUGUCUUGCAGGCAUACAUUCUCAUCUUUUGCAUUGAAAGAACUGAACCAUAAAAAAAAUAAAGACAGGAGCACUUCUCUAGAUUCAAUGCCAAUGAAAAAACUUAUAGUUAUUGCACAAGCUAGAAUGUUUUCUCGAUCAACUUCCUUUCCAGAUAACUUCCUAAAUGCCAAGUAUAUUCCUGAAACAUCAAUAAAUAUACCUUCUAAGGAAGGUCCACAUAGGCAGUUGUCACCCUCAAAUCGGAUAAUCAGGUCUACUUCUGGAAAUGAUAAUGUCAAUUCUAGGAGUCUGUUUGAUAAUAUUCAGCAGAAGAAAUUAGCAGCGCAUGGAGCCAAUGCAGCGAGAAGGUCUUUCAAAGAUUUCCUCAGUACAUUAACAAGAACCAAAGAAAGUAUAUCGCGUGCGACACGUCUUGCUAUGGAAUGUGCUAAAUUUGGCAUUGCUGGUGAGGUGAUGUAUGAUGCCUUUGGUGUUAGGCUACAAGCAGGAAAGCAAGCAAAGGUCUUGAACCAGAUUGUGUAUGAGCUUCCAUCAGAACAUCCACUGGCUGAAACAAGACCGCUGCGAGAGCUACUAGGGCACACACCUCCACAGGUAUUUGCUGGCGAAGUGCUUGGAUUUGCAGUAGCCACAUUUAUAGCGAUGAUCGCUGGGCUUGGUAGUUGACUCCGCAUUUGAAGAAAUGGUCAACAUUCACAUUGAAGUUCUAGAAUUCAAAUUGGACACAUGUUUCCUAGCUAGCUUAUGAUAGAUAAUGUGUUGUGUAUAGGUGUAUUUAAUAUGCAAAUUGCUGUCAAUUUGUUGAAGAGAAACUUGCGUCAUUCUUUUGUAGUUAAUCGACGAGUGAACUAUAUGUUGUAUUCGUUCCUGUCCAAAGUAUUUGGACUGAUUGAAAGUACCUCUUGAUAAAGCAUUCAUGAGAUUUCCGCACAGCCAUUGCGAUUGAUUUCCAAACCUCAUGUUCAAGUGCAACAUCAUCAAUAUGUGA